AUGUGGAUUGCGUGUCCUCCUUGUGUUGGCCAGUCGCUACUGUCAGCUCGUCGUCGCAAGAUGUGCAGAGGUCUGGGCUUUAGCACCGGCUUUGUAGCGUUCUGCGCUUUCAUCUGCUGCUUUGGUGCCCUGCACAUGCUCAACAAGAUCGUGUACGUUAACCAGGAUGUGGCGAUGCACACCGAUUACAAGCUGGCGCCACCGAUCGGCGGUGGCAGCAAUCGAUGCCAGCGCACGUUCAUCGUAGACAGUGUGGGCGGUGCGCAUCUCACCUGGCUGGAGCUCUUCUACAUGAAGUGGACGCUGGUGCUGACCAUUUUCUAUACGUUCGUCGUGAUGCUACUAAUACGCGCCCAAUACCUGAGCCACUUUAACAUUAAUUUCAUAACCUCCAAUGCGAUGAUGCUAGUCGGCGGCGUCCUCUCGGUGGUGCUCUUCAUAGACUCGGUCAUACUCCACGAGCGCAUGCCCUUUUUGGAGCUCUCGUGCAAUGAGUUUAUAGUCGGACUCAUGUACUUCAUAGCCAUCAAUAUAUGUGUUGCUGUCGUCUUUUUCAUGAUCCAUUCCUGUCAAUAUUAUUUCCAAUUGGACAGGCACGCCUUCUGAAGCUCAAAGCUAAAAAUUUGAAGAAUUUGAAAAUAAUUCAAUUGGGAUUAGGCUGAAUUAUGAAAUAUUAUUACUCUUCAAACCAUGUUUAUAAUAUUAUAAUAGUAUACACAUACAUAUAUACAUACAUAUACGUAUACAUAUUCAAUUCUUAAAGCAUAGCUGAUUUUUAUAAUAGCUCAUACCUUUUUUAAAUUUUUCUUCAACAAGAAGCAGAAUAAAACAUAUUUGAACGAA